CUCUGCCGCGGCAGCUCCAGCUGGUUUGCUCGGCCCAUGUGAUCGCUGCGCACCGAUUAGGGGGUUGGUGCUGCCCAGCCCCACGGCAGGGGAUGGGAACCCAGCACUGGGAGCAUGUGACAAAAGCAUAUUUUAACCCCACCCCCUGGGACUGGAUUGCCACCGAGCCGGGCAGGGAGAUCAAAGCAACAUCGGCUGCAGCCCUUCGCAAGCUCCCCUGACACAACUGCUUGCUAGGAUGGGAAGGAAACUGGAUCUUUCCAAGCUAACAGAUGAAGAGGCCAAGCACGUCUGGGAGGUGGUUCAACGGGACUUUGAUCUGCGGAAGAAAGAGGAAGACAGAUUGGAGGAACUGAAAUGCAAGCUUGAAAAAGAGGGCACCAAGAGGGAGCUCCUGUCCAAUCAGUCCCACCUCAACGAGACCCACUGCGUCCACUGCCUGCAGCCCUUCAAGUUCCUGGUGAACAGCAAGCGCCAGUGCUUGGACUGCCACUUCUACACCUGCAAGAACUGCAGCCGCUACAACAAAAAGGAGCAAGGCUGGAUCUGUGACCCUUGCCGCUUAUCCAGGAUUGUGAAGAUUGGCUCCCUGGAGUGGUAUUAUGAACAUGUGAGAUCCCGUUUCAGGCGGUUUGGAAGUGCUAAAGUGAUGCGGUCUCUCUACGGCAGGCUACAGCCUGGGCAGAAAAUGAAUCCAACGUUGCUAGGUCUUCAUGACAGAGUUUACAGCUUGCCAGACAUCAACAGUGAGUGCCAGCUGCAUGCCGGCGGCAGGGUGCGCAGUGACAGCGAUGAUGAAGAUGACCUGGUGGAUGGAGCCGAAGCUGAGCACUAUACUAGGAUGCGCAAGACAAAGCGCCUGCUGUCUGUUCAUCCCUUUGAUUUUGAUCUGGACUCAGAAUAUUCUGCUCAAUCACGCCGUCAAUCUGUGCAGCUUUCUCAAACUCCGGUCAACCAGGAUGGCCACCAGUCAUUCCUGGAUUUCCCUGAUGCCAGCGAGGACACCUCCCGGAAGGAGACAAUGAUCGCUGAAGCAGACCUGGCUGCAGUGUUCCACCAGAUUCUUCAGGAGCAGGGACAACAUAUGACCCCUCCAGAGCAGGAGUUUAGUACCGAGGUCCGGCUGACAGUGAACUCACGAAGGAAGAGCCUGGAAAGGAAUCCCAAACCUGAUCAUAAUCCCUGCCCUGAGCCUCCAGUGACUCGAACCCGUUCUGUCCCCAAAGGCAGCCCAUGGAACGAACGGCACCGACCCCAGUACUCACCAGAUAUGGACACCUCCGAUGAGGAUGUAAAGGGAGCCCAGAAGAUAUCUGUCUACCAGCCCUAUCACAUGAAACGCCGAAACAGAGCCUCCUCCCAGGAGAAUAUAAACCACUCUGGAAAUCAGAUAUUUGAACUCAACAAACGCAUGUCAGCUAUUGAACGCAUGCUGAACCGUCUGGAGGAAAGAAUCUUGGUGCACUCAGAAGAGUCUCCGGCCCCUGAGUCCCACACUGAUCCUGAUGUGGAAGAGGAGGAAUUGAAGAGGAAGCUGGAGGAGUUAGCCAGCAACAUCAGCGACAAAGGAGUUUCUUCUGAGGAAGAGGAGGAAAAGAGAGAGGAUGAACCAAAACCCAAAUUGAGCUCCUCCAGCAGUGACCCACCCAGUGAUGCUCAGAAGGUCUGCACAACUGCUGGAAAGACAUCCGGGCUGGAUCAAACCCCAAGGGACUUAGAGGAAUGUGCGCGGCACAGCGGGACCACAGACUCCGAGCUGUCAGAGCUGGAGGACAAAGUGGCGUCGGCGGCCAUGCAGCUGCAGCGUGCCGAGAGCGAGGUUUCCGAUAUAGAGUCUCGAAUCGCAGCGCUGAGUGCUGCUGGGCUGACAGUGAAACCAGUGGAAAAGCCAAAGAAGAAAUACAGCACGCAGCUGUUUAUGCUCCAGCCUCCCAGGAACGUAGGUAGCGGCCAAGGAGAUCAAAGUACGGACUCUUCAGAGAUGGCAUCGCCAAAUGACUUCAAAGUAAUGUCUAUGCCACAGGUGUUAAGGAGAAAAUUCAACAGUUCCCUUGAAAUUGCCGACGGCGACGAAUCCUUUGAUCGAAACUCCAUUUACCGAGGCUCUUUGACACAAAGGAACCCCAACGGGAAGAACAGGAAAGCAGAUCGCAUCUUCGCGAAGCCUGUGAUGACCCAUCGACCCUGAAGAAGAUGGAGCCUUACGACACUGCAAUUUUAACAAUGCCCGGCCUCAGCUCAGAGCUUCACCUUUAUUUCCCUCAACACAUUCUCCGAAGGGGUGGACAGAGAGGAGGAGGCAGUCCCGUGGGACAGGGAAAUCCUGCCGAGUUGUGCUUACAGAGCUCUGGCUCCACCUCGCUACCCAAGCAACCAUGUCCCAAUAAGAAACUUGCUGCCUGUUCCUGACAGGAUUUCCAGCCCACAGUGUCUGGCAAAGCAGCCCCAGCUGUUAUACCACACACCCACUCUGUCUCUUCCGCAAGUCUCCAUUGUUGUCAAAACAGGGUGUCUGUCAGCAUUCGAAAGCAGCGUUGUCAAGGCUGGGAGCUGCGCGGGUUAACUCAUUUGGGCCAGAUACAUGCUGGGUGUAAUUCUAGUGGCUUCAGUGGAGUGAGUUGCUUUCCUCUUGGGUUGGUGCAGAGAAGUCAGUGAUUGGAUCCAGCAGUAUUCAAGAGUUUGCAGUGGAUUUGAAAUGCCCAAUCCCCACUGCCUCGAAUGGCGCCACAUGGCUAAAACCCAGCCCAACACUUUUAAACUGUGCUGCUAGACAUUUGCAAAGGUCACUCUGCAGUUCUCCAAGUUCUGUCCAUUCACCCCUCUCCCCCCAUGGGCCGGAGCGACAGAAGCUUCCUAAAAGAGGGUUGGAGGCCACCUCAGUAUUUUAAAAUGGAAACAUUUAGUUUAAGAAUGAUCCAUGUGAAUCCUCGUGUGAGUAACGUCAUUGCAUUAGGCUUUGGUCACGAGCGGAAGCACCGAACCUCUGCAGAUACGUCCUGCAGUCACUUCAUUGCACUGUCAGUGAGCAGGACCCAGAGCUACCACAUCACAGAAAAUUCUGUGCUUUUGGGCAUUUUUACCAUUCUGAAAUGGAACAAAACAAAAUAUUUUAUCUCCAGCAGAACCAAAUUCCAAAAAAAGGCUGGGGGUCAAUCAAAACGUUUCAUUUCAAUAAAACUGAAACCUUUAAUUCCCAUUUUGAUCUCAAAACUUUCAAAUGUUUUUAGAUAAGAUGACUUUUUAAAAAAAAACCCUUUUUUGAACUGAAAAAUGAAAAUGUUCUAGUCCCAAUGUGUCAAAAUUGGAUGUUUCAACAUUUUUAAAAUGCUUCUUGGGAUGUGGAGAAAAUUCAUCAAAAUCGACAUGUUUUUCAAAACAUUCUGAUUUGACAAAA